AUGGCGCGCUUCGGAAACUGUCACUGUGGCGGCUACCGUUUCGAGCUGUUGCGCGCUGAGAGCACGGAGGCCGAGGGUGAUGAAAAGCAGGCUGUUCCGUGCAGCUGUGCGGCCUGUACGAAGCUGGGAGCCCAGUGGCAAGCCGUGGAAGUUGAGGAUGUCCGAGUGAUCCAUGAUGAGGGAAAGAUGAUGGAGCAUCGGUCCCCAAACAUGCUGCACAAGUUCUGUUCCGUCUGUGGCACGACCUUGUUGGGAAGCCAUCCAGAGGGACAGAGUCCGUGGCGGCAGCAGACGUUGGUCAACUUGCGUGCGCUGCAAGGCUUCAAUCCGUUUGCUCUUGAGCGCGACACCUCCGUCUCCCCUGCACAGGCCCAGACGACCUGGCCGUCUACGGGCUCCUGUCUCUGCGGAAAGGUGGACAUCACGCUGCUGGAACCGCUGGAGACCAUGUCAAUGAAGGAGGACAACUGCAGCAUAUGCACGAGGAAUGCCUGGGUCGGUGCCUAUCCAUCCAAGGCGCAGGUAUCUCUACACGGCACCGAACAUACGCAGGACUACCGGUUUGGCCGGCGUUUCAUGGGCCAUCCGUUCUGUCAGACCUGCGGCGUCCACGUGUACAUGAAUGUCUACGGCCCGCCGCAGCACGUUCUCGACCGGCUUCCAGAGGAGAGAAAGGCAUUGGUGCGCAGAAAUCUGGACAUUGCGCCCGUAAACAUCCGAGUGUUGGAUGUUCACGGCAGCCCGUCUGGGCUGGACAUUUCCAGUCUGCCGGUGCAGCGGACCGACGAAGGCCAGGAUGGAUACGAAAUCGAUGUGUUGAGAUAG